CCCUGCAAAACAAGAAGGAAAAAAAGAGCAUCCAAUUCGAUUCCCAUCUCGCGAUCCUCCUCUCUUCUUUUCUCUCUCUCUCUCUCUCUCUAAACAACCCCUCCAAUGGAUUCCUCCGCUUUGAGAUUAGGGCACCGUCGCCAAUUCCUAACGAGGGUUUCUCCGAUCCAUGUCGGGAUCCGAUCACUCCACCCUGCGUUCGAUUCGAAUACGAGGAGAUGGAAGAUGUUUGUUUAGAGCUGUUGCUUAUGGAGCUUGUCUGAGAGCGGGGAAACCUUGCCCCAGUGAGAGUCUUCAAAAAGAACUAGCAGAUGAGCUUAGAUCAAAUGUAGCAGAUGAAUUUGUUAGAAGGCGUGGGGACACCGAGUGGUUUCUUGAAGAAGAUUUUGAUACAUAUGUCACACAUAUUAGACAACCUCAUAUAUGGGGAGGAGAGCCCGAGCUGCUUAUGUGUUCCCAUGUCCUUCGGAUGCCAAUAACCGUCUACAUGUAUACAAAGGGAUCUGAUAGCCCCAGAAUCAUAGCAGAGUAUGGUCAGGAGUACGGCAAGGAAAAUCCAAUUCGUGUGAUUUAUCAUGGUUAUGGACACUAUGAUGCAUUACAAGCACCACUUGCAAGAACAAAAUCAAAGUUGUAUCCGAACACAUAAAGCGGUUGGCUUUGUGGCUCUGGAGUUGGAUGCAGUCAGCAUAAAUUCAUGAAAUUCAUGGAGAUUCUGCAUAAUAAAUGUUGCUUGAUAUUAAUCCACAUUUCAAAACACCGAAGGUAUGAUGUGUGACUAUCAACAAAUUGUUUGAUGUCUUCGAGUAAAGUUUCAUCCUUCUACUUCAUUGUCCAAAUCUUUGUCAUUAGUUGCUUAUAUGUAUGUGUUGGCACAUUUGUAUCUGUAUCAUUGUUCGAAUCCUUAUCAUCAGCAUGUGUCGGGUGUGUAUCGAACAAGUACUGGUAUCGAUACAUGUCCGAUAUGGACAUGAGAGCUGAAGUAUUUGUGCAGUAUAGAUGGAAAGUUACAUGGUAUGUAAGAUGGCCAACUUUGUCAGAAAAUAUGAAUUCAGGGAAUGAACAUGUUAUAAUAUCAUUUGGUGAGUGUUGAA